AAAUAAUUUGAGCAAGGAACCGUGAAUGGAGUCGUGACUGUCAUACCAUGAGUCUUAGAUGGGCUCGAUUUCGGUCUCGCAGACUCAGAAGAGGUACGGGGAAGUACGAGGUUGUGGAUGAUGGAGACGACGUCAGAUUGCCUCUCCACAAUGACGAUAUCUUCCAACACGGCAUUACUUUCCCCGUCAAGUUCAUCGGAUAUCAAGAAGUACCGCGGCCAAGCUCACGACUAGAGAUUAUUACAUCAAUGAGAAAAAUUCGGUACGAGUAUAAAAUGAAGAGAUUGAAGAAACAGAAAGUUUAUGUUUUUAUAUCUCAAGAAGGAGUCAAAACAUCGCGAAGACUUAAAACCAAAAGGAAACGAAGGUUGAUAAGGAAAACCCCGCAACAGCAGUUAAUGGAAGCCACUGGUCCAGUGAUCAUGGAACAUACCAUAUUCAAAGUGUUCUACGUUUCACACGACUCCCAAGACCUGAAAAUAUUCUCCUACAUAGCGCGGGAUGGACCCGACAACACCUUUAAAUGUUACGUUUUCAAGGCUAAGAAAAAGUCUCAAGCUCUGAGAGUAGUUCGAACGAUGGGCCAGGCUUUUGAAGUGGUCCACAAGUUACAAAAGCAGAAAGAAACCACUACAAACAAGGACAAAGAUCCUGUUGCGGAGACCCCACCAGCUGAUAAGACCCCUGACGAGGAAGAAAAAGUGGAAGCUCAGAAGAUCGAGGCUGGUUCCAUCGAGGGUUCUGUUGGCAGUGCUUCUAUCGAGGAUAAAACAGAUCAGGCCCGCACAACGGACGAAGGGUUGGGAGGGUCAGAUACUUUCACUGAAACAGACAAAGAGGGACCCAUACUUUCUCCUGUUCCCUCAGCUUUCAGCGUCAAUGGUCCAAUAGCAACAUCUUCCCCGGAACCAGGACAGGCCCUAACACAACAGAAUCAAGCAAUGCAGAACAUGAUAAACAUGCUUCGCAAACAGAUGGAAAAAGAGAUGCAAUCAAGAUCUGAAGCAAAUAACAGAAACGAAACGCUUCUAAAGCAAAAUCAGGACCUCAUGAUGCAGAUGAAACAAAUGCGUAAUGAGAUCGAUGAUUUGAAGCUAUCAACGCUAUCCAAAGUUAUCGGGAAUACGCAUAACCCCAUCGUGCCGUUUGUAAGUACGCCCGGUACACCCACCAUAGCUCACAACAAUAACAAUAAUAACGUGAGCUUACUCGACACUCCCGUACCUCUUGCUGAGGAUACUCUCAUUCCUCUUCAGCAGGCUCGCCAAAACUGGGUGCCGUUUGACGAAGAGAACGCGCAUUAAAGAUUGUGAGAACUCUUAUUGUCAGACAUCCCUGUUGAGCGUGGUGAUACGUAUCUAGAGGAUACAUAUCUCUCUUAAGGAUACAUAUCUCGAGUGUUAAAACGUCGCCAGAAAGUGCUGGAAAUCACUCUGUAUAUAAUAAAGCUAUCAUACAAGAAGGAUUAGCCUGGUUGGUAUUAUAAAUAUAAUCAAAUGUACACAAGUUAACGUGCACGUGUAAAUUCCCCGACGCGCAGUGUUCAUAAGAAUUUAUAAACAGUAGAUACACGUGCGAUGCGUGACAGGGCCGGUCUGUAUGGCAAAGUAAUAUGAAUAUUAGGUAUAAGUUUAGUUUUAUAUUUCACUUUAUCAUAGAUUUAAACAAAUGUAUGAAAAUUAAUAAGCAGUUUAAAGGGUAGAUCUAAGGAAUAUGUUACAGCAACAUGUCUCCAAUAUAUUGAUUGUUUAACUUUCCAAAGAGCCCUGGGGCCUGGGAAAAUCAUGUUUUAAGGCGGACACCAGCUGAAAUCGAUCGUUCUUAAACACUUACUAUUUUAUGAAAAAUUUGUAUCGUUAUUCAUUGUAAGAUAUGAGAUAUUAUACCCGAGCCUGCAUGUUUGAUCCUAAAGUUUCAGACUUCUUAUCGUUGAAUUGACGAGCAACCAAACCUGUUCAUCUGCAGCUAUUUUGAUUUUAAAGGUAUGACGGUAUGAGCCAAACAUUGACUGUGUUUAAGAUCAUUGGCUAAUGGCCUUUAAUUUUUCAAUUUUGCAAGACUUAUAAUUCAACUAUGAAGUAAUUACACGAGUCAUAGAAUGACUCGUGUCAGUAUACCGUCAAUAUCAAGUUUGUGCAGAUGGACAGGCAGCUCUUCCUAAUCCUCCAAAUCCAAAUGUUUAAACAGGUGUUUCCUGCCCAUGCAAUUGUGUUAGAAAGAAAUUAUUUAAUCUAAAGAGGAGUUUUGUGUUCACGUCGGUCAGUAGAAUCUUUCAAACGUCGCAUGAGAGGAGUUACAUUUUAUUGGAACUCUAUAAACGUACUUUCGCACACUGUUUUUGUAAGAGAAGGAUCUGGAUCAAACUUUUACUUACGAUACCGGUAUAUUGCAAUGUUUUAUAUUUUGAGUUUUUAAGUCAGAUGUAUUAACCAAAUGUAAGAAAGCAUAAUUUCAAGGGUUGAAUAUUAUGAGAUUGAGUGUUUUAAAGAUACAAUAAAUGCAUAUGAUUAGACGAUAGGUAAAUUUGACAAGACCUGAAUUCUAUUAUUGAACCAUGAUAACCAUAACAUUAGGGACUAGUAUUACACAGGUCUAACGUAGAUACGUGUUCGUGUUUCAAGAUGGGUGCUUUAUUAGAACGAAUUUUUUACUUACAAAAUACAAAGAUAUUCUUAUUCGGUAUAUCUUCCCCAAAUUAAUAUAUUUACUGUUACUGGUAGCACAAUGAUCGGUAACUGUAACUGAACAACUUCAGAUGAAACAUCCCUAGAUAUUUAAGAUCGUCAAAAUGGUCUUAUCAAAACUUUCUUCUUUAUCAAUCAAUUAAAGUAAAAUUGGAAAGACACUUUGAGUUUUAUAACUUUUACAGAAGGGCUAAAUCCAUAUAUUCAACACUGUCAAAUGUCAGCUGAGAAGCUGAAUUAUAUCCGUGUUAGAUUUACACCUAGUGAGGAAUCUCGUUUUAUGUCCUUGUGUUUAUGUUCGUUCAACUAUCUUUGAUUAAAUUUACUUUUGAUUUUAA